AAAAAUAAAACCAAGGCUUAGCCCUCUAUGUAGUAGUACAGACCAAGGGGCCAGUGUUCGUUCCGAAUCCGGGAGGCUAAUCGCUGCUCCUCCAAUUUCAAAUGAUGCAUCUCCAACAGCCAUAUCUCCAUUUGAAAUACCUUUCGUCCACCGUGAUGCAUCUGUUUUCCAGUGGCACAACUUUUACGAAUUGUUGAAAAAUGGGAAGGUUGUCCGGCUAGAAUGGGAAUGGUUCGUCCACUCCGAACCGCGGAAGAUAAGCAUUUUUGGAUGGGCUCUUAGAGCAGCGAUGAUCCCAGGAGGCUACUUCACAAUUAAUAUAAUAGAUGCUAUUCAACGUGUGUACCUAAGCAGAGACAAUGGUAUGUACAUGUUGAAUCCUAAAAGAUGGCGCCACUUCAUUGCUGCAUCCUGGACUGAUGUCGUGUUGCAUGGAUCAUAUGGAACUGAAAUGCUGUACCAGAGCAAUUAUUUUGUUGGACCUCACAUCCUUUAUGAACUGCGUCAUUGUCGAAUGUUCCCCGCACCGGUUAACCUUGAUGGCAGUUGGAGCUGCUACUUCUGGGAUUUUCUCAACAAAGAAAUAAUUGUGCUAGAUCCACAGAUGCAGCUGUGCAAGGGAAAGGACAUACACAAACGUCAUGGGGGUGUAGUUAAACUGUUGCAUAAAGCUCUAUUUUUAGUCAUCAACCGGUUAUUUCCAGAAUGGGAUAUUUCUUCUGAGAAGUGGAAAAGGGUAUAUAGGAAUGAUGUCAGUCCUCGUUGCCAAUGGGGAGAGUCUGGACUCUAUUCUGUGCAUUAUGCUUACACAUUUAAUGGGCUGGAUCUUACUGAGAGUUUAGAUAUGGGAUAUCACAACAACCGUAGGGCAAAGUUGAUAUGGAUGCUUCUUGCAAUGUGGGGGAAUUCUGGAAUUGUUCCACCAGAAUUUGGCCAGCUCAUGUACCCUUCAGCAUGACAUAGUAAAAUGGUACUGGUCGUUUCUUUUUGAUGUGCGAGUGCCAGCGAUGUCGUUCAUCCUGCUACCAAUAUGGACAUCUGUAACAGUUUGUAUUGAAUUUCAAAAUGUAAUAUUUUCCUACCAAGAUAUAUCUGCUGAUGUGGAAUCAAUCCAAAACUAUUGUUCCGUAGCGACCAAUAUACCAUGGAAUUUUUUGGACCAUGGUUUCCAGAA